GUGACCAUACAAACCAGGUCAAGGAAGUGCAGCAAAAAACAUUUUGCCAAUUUUUUUUAUUAUUUAUUUAUUAUAUUAUUACCAAUAUGCCAAUAUCUGCAGCGCGUAAUUUAUUAAGAUGAUAAAAUAAUAUUGUGACCGUGAUGUGUAAAACAAUGCGAGUGUUGUGUACAGAUGGGAAGAAAACUAGGUGGAGUGACGAUAGAAAUUACCGCAUUAAGAAACUAAGCUAAAAACACCCCAUAAUCGGCCCUUAGAGUAUUUAAUAUGAAUAAUUAUUUCAUGCAGGAGCGGUGUACAAAGUGGUUAGUUGAAAUUUGCAUUAAAAAUAUUAGCCGUAACAUUUGACCCAGAUACCGUACUGUGUGCGUUGACCUAUGGACGUGAAUGCGGACUAAAGCACGAUGUUAUUUUUAGGAUACAGCUUUGCAGAUAAUUAAAUAUUUAUAGAUGCCAUUUGCGACACUAAACUGUGAAACAAAUUACAGAGGGAUGUAUCCGUGACCUUUUACAUUUGACGAAUGGAAAAACAAUGGAUAGAGAACACAAACAAUAACUUGCUAAGACCAUUUAAACCCAACUUCCUUUAAAGGGGAUCAAUUUACCCAUAGCGUUUUAUUUAUAAAAAAAAAUCCACGUUUUUUGAAUUUUUGAAUAUAGAACACACUGCAGGUUGUGAUUGAUAAUGCACUUCAACAGAAAGAAAAAAUAUUCUAAAUUUGAAAUUUUCAACCAUAUCAUCUUAUGUAGCUGAAAGGCAUUGAUUGAAAGCUGUAAUCUAAAUACUGAAGAAAACAAGUGCCAAAUAAUGAGUCACAAAUAAGUGAAACAAAACUUGUGUAAAAUGGUUACUUAGAUUUGUGAGGAGUAUACAGUGAGUGUGCAUGAGUGAGUAUACACAGUGAAGUGUGUUGCAGUGGGCCUUCCGCCCUGAGGCCGACUGACACUUGGUAGGGAUGAAGAAGCAAAAUGUUCGCACUCUAUCGUUAAUUGUGUGCACAUUCACAUACUUGCUAGUUGGUGCGGCUGUUUUUGAUGCCCUUGAAUCUACCACUGAGAGGAACAGAUUUGAAGUUUUACAAGCGAUUGAAGGCAUGAUAAUAAGGAAAUACAACAUAUCUGAGGAGGACUUCCGCGUGAUGGAGACGGUGGUGCUCAAGUCGGAGCCGCACAAGGCGGGCCAGCAGUGGAAGUUCACCGGCGCCUUCUACUACGCCACCACCGUCCUCACCACUAUCGGUUACGGUCACUCCACACCGGCGACGAUCGGCGGCAAGCUGUUCACGAUGUUCUACGCGAUCGUGGGCAUUCCCCUCGGCCUCAUCAUGUUCCAAAGCAUCGGUGAAAGAGUCAACAGGCUCAGCAGUGUGAUAAUAAAGUCAAUAAAACGUGCGCUGAACUGCAAGCAGACGAACGCGACGGAGGUGGACCUCAUCUGCGUGGUCACCACGCUGUCCUCCCUCACCAUCGCGGGCGGGGCCGCCGCCUUCUCCACGUUCGAGGGCUGGAGCUACUUCGACAGCGUUUAUUAUUGCUUCAUCACUCUCACUACCAUAGGUUUCGGCGACAUGGUAGCCCUCCAGAAAGACAACGCGCUCAACCGCAAGCCGUCGUACGUGAUGUUCGCGCUGAUCUUCAUCCUGUUCGGGCUGGCGAUCGUGGCCGCGUGCCUCAACCUGCUGGUGUUGCGGUUCGUCACCAUGAACACUGAGGAUGAGAAGAGAGACCAGCAACAAGCUGAACAGGCUCAACAAGUAGCGGUCCG